UCAACAACAAUGUAAAAAGUAAGGUCAAAGUUCGGUUGUAAGUUGUAACUUUUCUUCAGCAGUGGUCACUGGGCACGAUGGCAGUUCCAACAUUACGGUCAGCUACAAAUAUUCUCCGUGUCGGGUUUGUGCGGCUCAGUGCAAGAUGUUACAGCUCUACCACAGCACAGUCGGGUGACCAAAGCCCGGAAGAUGAAUUCCACCUCAAUUAUCUUGAUGGAGAUCAGAAAGGUAUCGCAGUGUUUUCCCUCCGGAGAUUCCGUGUCAAGAAUGCCAUGGGCAGGAAUGUCCUCAAGCGACUUCAUGAUGCAAUGGAGGAGGUCAAGUUUGAUACUGGAGUUCGGUGUGUGGUCAUCCGCAGUGAGGUUCCAGGAGUUUUUUGCGCAGGCGCUGACCUCAAGGAGCGGCUGACGAUGAGCGAGAAAGAAGUGGCUGCCUUUGUGGCGGGCAUUAGGGCCAAUGUGACAGGUCUUCACAAUCUGCCGAUGCCAACCAUUGCGGCACUUGAUGGCGCUGCUCUGGGUGGUGGAUUGGAGAUGGCUCUCAGUUGUGACCUCCGAGUUGCUGCGAGCAAUGCCAAAAUUGGUUUGGUUGAGACGGCAUUGGCCAUCAUUCCCGGCGGGGGUGGAACUCAACGCUUACCCCGAAUUGUUGGACCCUCAGUGGCGAAAGAGCUCAUCUUCACGAGCAGGGUCAUGGACGGCUGGCAGGCGAAGGAGUACGGUGUGGUCAACCACUGUGUGGAGCAAAACGACAAUGGAGACGCUGCCUACCUCCGAGCUCUCAAGCUAGCAGAGGAAAUUUUACCUAAUGGCCCCAUUGGUGUACGCAUGGCAAAGGCUGCUAUCAAUAAAGGCUUUGAGGUCGACUUGGAGUCUGGACUCAAGUUUGAGGAAGCUUACUAUGCCCAGGUCAUUCCAACCAAAGACAGAAUUGAGGGGCUCAAGGCUUUCAAGGAAAAGCGCGUACCGAAAUAUGAAGGACAUUAGAUGUUAUUAAGACGGAGAUAGUGUUAAUACAACCAUUGUCUGGGAUGAGCAUGUAUUUGCUCUCUACCAAACCUCGGGAAAAUGUUUGAGAUUAAUUGUAUCUAUCCUUAUUAAGGGGACAAAGUUUUUAGAGCUCAUGACUUUAUUUUACGGCUGUUUGGCAUUGGUAAGUCAGUACAUUAUAAAUUCUCACUUACUUUUGUUCAAUUUGUCUUUUUUAGACUAAUUUUGAGAUUGUUAAAUUUGUUGACUAGAGGGACUGUCUUUGUCCGAUACUUGUUUGAAUAUAUUGAUCUUUGUUCUUCCUCUUUUCUUCAAACCACUUAGCUUUAGGGGUCCUUUAUACCUUAUGUUCUAAUAGUCCCCUAUCUAUAAUUCCUGGAAAUAGCUACAAAUUACACAUGUUUUAUGAUAUUAAUAUUAUUUGCUUGCAUGUGUGCUAUGUAUCAAAUCCUCUAGGCACUUCAGUUGUUGUACUUUAAUCGAUGCAAGAGAUUUGUGUCCUUUUCGUAGCCAUUGUCUGUCAGGGAAUAUCCACAAGGCAGCUCUAUGGAGUUAAACCAGAAUUGUUGGAAUGAAUAGUUUUGUUUUGACAAAUACUGCAUUUUUACAAGGACAUUGCUGUAUAUACACAGUCGAUUCUCCACAUUUUUUCUUUCUGGAUUAAUCAGAUUUGUUUCUUCUGUCUUAUUUCAUUUUUUUUCCAGGUUGUGUUGCGAUGAGUUUGUUAAAGUUGUGAGAAAAGACGGACAGAAUCCGUAUGCCAGCUCUCGUUUUUUAAUCUGCAGUCGUUACUUUUUUUUUGAGUGGGGGGAAAAAGGUCAGUUGGCAUCUUUGUUGAAGGAGACUUGUCAUGCCUUUAUAAUUAAUGAUGAGUAUGUCAUGCGAUCCCUGACACUGAUCAUGCCUAUAUGUUUAUGGUUUUGAGUCGACAUACCAUAUGCAGCUACCUACCAAGUCGCUUUAAAAUUAAUUGUUGAAUGCUGUUGGUCAAUGUUCUACUCAGCUCUCAGAGCUAGCCAAUGUUGUCAGCAUUUUUAGCUUAAUUUUUUAAUCUAUUCCUAACUCUUUUACUGUGAUAGUUGUCUGUCUGACAUAUGUUAUUAUGUUGAAAAAAACAACCUUGUUCAAUUGGGACAGAUUAUAUGCUAAAUAUUCAGUCGUUAUAAUUGUUGUUAUUAUUACUGUGACAGAAAUGUGUUUUUUGUUUUUUUUCACAACUAGUGAUUUGCAUUGUUUACCAGGUCUGUGAACCUGUAACAAGUGUAAUGCUGUCAAAAAGAGAAGUUGUUUUUCUUCUGUUUGUUAUAAAUACAGAAGAAGAUGGUGGAUGUCUUAUAGUUUGAACAGGCAUCUUUUGAGACAUUGAAAUAUUACUGUACUUUUCAUGCAGGAAGAGUGACAUUCUGUAAUGUACAUGUAUCUCAGCUCUUCAAAUUGUCAUAAGGUUCGCUGAAAUUAAUUUUGUUUAGAUAAUAAGGAUGUGGGUCAGAAUUAUAGUAAUUGAGCUAAAGAUUAAAAUUUUUGCAAGAGUUUUCUUGAGUUGGCUGUUAUUGUAAUGUCCAAAGAGAAGGGGAACUAUACCUCUUAUGGUGAAAGGGAAACUUUCCUCAGAAUUUAAAUAAGAAUCACCGCUGAAUGGACUCGCCCUUCUGAGUUAUGGAUUCUUAAUUUGUGAGAAAGUCUAGGUCUUGGCUGUACUAAUGGUCCGUCCGAGUUGUGUUUCACAGCUUAUUAUAUUCUUAUAAGAAAUAUAUGCAUUCUGCUCACACUUUUGACCUUCUGACACAGACUUUUUAUAAAGCAUUACCAUGACUGAGUCACAAGCCAGACUUUUUGAUGAAGCAUCUAGAGACUGUUGUUAAUACACUGAGUUUGUUCUGAGCUUGAAUAAAUAAUGUGUGAAGUAAAAACUCAUUUUUGUUUCCGUUUUUAACCAAGUCCUCUUAGUCGGGUGUCUUUACUGAAGCUCAAAUGUUAUGCAUUGAAAUCGAUUUCUUUGCUUUGAUGGUGGUGUAUGAUAUUCAAACAACAUAAUGUGUAACUGAACUAAUCAGUAUUUCAAGGAGUUCUCCUUAAUUUGAAUGAUCUAAGCAAACAUAAUGUACCGGUAUCAAUGUGCUGAAAUGACUCAGCUGCUCUUCAGCACGGAGUUUCAGUUAUCAUGUAAACAGAUUGUCACCCUUGUGAUUAGAUGGGCCGACCAGACCCAGUAGAGCAGCAAUAAAAUUGUGUUUUCAUCUCGUAGCAACGUCAUAUCCGGUUAGUUUAAUACUCGACUUUCCUUUUAAAGUUCAAGGCCCAUUUCUUCUCAGAGGUCAGACCUGUCUUGGAUUUGGCAUUUGAAAUGGAUAAUUUACUGUGAAUUAUGUUAAAUUUUUAAGAAAUGUGAUAUUUUGUGGGGUAGGUGAUAUUACCACAAGGGCAACGGCGUAAUUAGUGUAGCAUGUUCAGAUACCUAGUAUGUUCAUCAAUAAUUAUUGCAUUUGUGUUUGGCGACAGUUAAUGAUUAAUCUAUCUGUGCAACAUUGUACAGUUUGUAUUUUGAAUGCUCGUAUGUCCAUGUGUGUCUUUUUAUGCAUGCUUGUGGGCUGUGUCGAGUCAAAAUGUUGGCUGCAAUAUAAGAUUUUAUCUUUUGAAAGCAAAGGUCCAUAAUGUUUACUACUGGAUAGUUCGAAAGUUAUGAACAAACUUCUUGGGAUGAUUUAGUUUUAUAUGUCAGAGAGUAAUUGAUGUUAUGUAUCAGGAAAGCUCUUCAGAAGAAGCAAAUAAUGUGUGCACUGAUAGUUGCAUGGUGAGACUGAUCUUUUUCAAGAUGGCAAACUGUUUUGAGGAUUUUGCAUUAGAUGUGUGAGAGACUAACAUGUAUUUCAUGUUUUGAUCCUCUGAAAAUUAAAGAUUUUCUCUCAGUG